AUGUAUCAUCUACCGGUUAGUAAAUGCCCACAAGAAGAUUCCCUUCGAAAAUGUCUUGACCAACAUCACAUUAAAGGACCUAUCAAUUUUCGGGAUAACUUUAUUGGCUAUAAUAACGACAUUAAUUUUGAAUAUAAUAGACUAGUUAUUAAUUUUCCAGUAGCAUUUGUUCAUGCUGUAGAUAUAUUAGACAUUCAAAAUACUAUUAAAUGUGGUUUAAAUUUCAAUUUUCCCGUCGUUGCAAGAUCAGGUGGUCAUUCUUAUGAAGGCUACAGUCUUGGAGAUAAAGAUUGUUAUUUAGUUAUUGACCUUGCAAACUUUAAUAGAAUUAGCAUCAAUGUAACCUCACAAACUGCUAUAGUCGAAUCAGGGAAUCUAGUAGAAGGAUUAGGAUAUAUGUUAAACGAGUAUGCAUUUGCAUUUCCAGCUGGAACUUGUUCUUAUCUUGGAGUUAGUGGUCUUUUCUUGGGUGGUGGUGUGGGGUUUCUCAAUCGAAAAUUUGGACUAGCAUCAGAUAAUAUUCUUGAUGCACAAAUUGUUUUAGCAAAUGGAACAAUAGUUAACAAUGUUAAAGAAUAUCCAGAACUUUUCUGGGCUAUUCGAGGGGCAGGAAAUGUUGGUUAUGGUAUUGUUACAAGCUUAACCCUCAGAAUAUAUCCUAUCCCAAGGACCGUAACUUAUUUUAUUUUUGAAUACGAUUUCGAUCAAACACCAUUAGUAUUAUCAGUAGUUAAUCAACUAGGGAGUAAUCUUCAUCAAAAUUUAACAUUAGUGAUCGAAUUGACAUCAUCAACCGAAGUUCAUGGAUUUUAUCAAGGAUCAGUAUAUGAAAUGCAACCCCAUAUACAAGAAUUUAUUAAAAUGUCCAAACCUAAAAGUGUGACAUAUAAUGAAGAUGAAUUUAAUAAUAUAAUUCUUGGCAUUACAGAAUCUGGGCCAGGAUUUUAUAAAGCAAAAUCAUUCUUUAUUGAUCCAACAGGAAUAUCUUAUGAAGGAGUUGAGUAUUUAAUGGAUUUUGUGAAAAAUUUUGGAUGUAAGCUAUUCUUUAAUUUUAUGUUAAUUGGCGGUGGAAAAGUUGGUGAGAUUGGACGAAACGAAACAGCAUUUGUUCACAGAGGAAUGUUGUAUCAUAUAGAAAUUAAAGCAUUCGUGCAUUCUGAAGCAUGUAUACAUGAUUUGGAAAGAUUUUCCCACCAAUUUCGACGAAAAUAUGCUAAUUUUGAAAGUUAUCAAAAUAUAAAUGAUAGACUGUUGGAUAAUUGGCAGUGUAGAUACUAUAGAGAAAAUUUCGGAAAACUAGUAGAAAUUAAACGAAAAUAUGAUCCAUACAAUUUAUUUCGUUGGAAUCAAAGUAUACCUACUGAUACUGAAAUAUCUUGUGAUUGA